AUGUCGAUUAAGUUUACGCCAUCUCUUGAGGAAAUUCAAGAAUAUGUUUUGGUACAAGAUGGAAACACUAUUCCAGUUUAUGCAACAAUCCCUGCAGAUUUAUUAACACCUGUUAGCGCUUACUUACGUAUAGCAGCAAAAAGUGAUUAUUCUUUUUUGUUAGAGUCUAUUUCUGGUGGUGAAAAACUUGAUCCAUAUAAAAUAUUAAAGACAGAAGAUAAUGAAGGUGAUCCUUUAAUAGGUCUUGAAAAUGAAUUGAAAUCUACAAAGUAUAUCAGGCUACCUGAAAUUCCUUCAUUCACAGGUGGAGCAAUUGGAUAUAUUGGGUAUGAUUGCGUGAAAUAUUUUGAGCCAAGAACAGCAAGGGAUUUAAAAGAUCCGCUUGGUUUACCUGAUUCGUAUUUUUUAUUUUGUGACACUAUGGUAAUUUUUGAUCAUACAUAUCAGACAUUAUAUGUGGUAUCGCAUUAUCGUAAUGAUUCCAAAAACAAAAAAGUCAUAGAGAUUCAUUAUAAACAAGCAUUAGAAAAAAUAAAACGUCUGCUAUUAAAACUUCAGAGUGACUACCCAACAUCAUCAUCAUUAGAGGUGCCACAAGGUGAAAUAAUACUUAAUCAACAAACUGAAUCCAAUGUUGGCAAAUCAGGUUAUGAAGCUUUUGUUACCAAGUUGAAACAACAUAUUGUCAAAGGUGAUAUAAUCCAGGCUGUUCCUUCACAACGACUGGCUAGACCUACCACACUUCAUCCAUUUAAUGUCUAUAGAUAUUUGAGGACAAUUAAUCCAUCACCUUAUAUGUUUUAUAUCAAUUUAAAAGAUUUUCAAAUUGUUGGUGCUUCACCUGAAUUACUUAUCAAAGUAGAAAAUGAUAUUGUCUAUACUCAUCCAAUUGCUGGAACUAGAAAACGUGGGAAAACUCCAAAAGAGGAUGAUGAACUUGCAAAUGAAUUAUUAAAUGAUCCAAAGGAAAGAGCAGAACAUAUAAUGUUACUGGACUUGGGAAGAAAUGAUAUUAAUCGAGUAUGCGAAUCCAAGUCAGUCAAAGUAGAUUCAUUCAUGCAAAUAGAGAAAUAUAGUCACGUCAUGCAUAUAGUUAGUCAUGUGUCUGGUAAAUUACGUCCAGACAAAUCAAGAUUUGAUGCAUUCAGAUCAAUAUUUCCAGCUGGCACAGUUUCUGGUGCACCAAAAGUUCGAGCUAUAGAAUUAAUUUCCGAGCUUGAACAGGAGAAACGUGGUAUUUAUGCUGGAGCAGUUGGACAUUUUGAUUUUUCUAAUUCAAUUGAUACUUGUAUUGCUAUACGAACAAUGGUUUUUAAAAACGGUGUUGCUUAUCUUCAAGCUGGUAAUUAUUAA